UUCUACUUAUUUAUAAUUGUAUACAAGUAAAAAUUCCAACAAUAUGAAAUUUACUUUCAGUAAUGGUUGAAUGUUUGAAUGUUGUAGCGGCGACGUCAACAAUGCAAGAAUCCAACGGGAGCCAAAACAAGAUAGUCGGUGGCACAGAUGCUCAUCCUGGUCAAUUCCCCUUCCAGUUGGGUUUUUAUGACGGACAUACCAUACCGACUGAAUUUGUUUGCGGAGCUAUCCUCUACCAUAAUGAUACCAUGAUAACCUCUGGAGGUUGUGUCCGAUACUUCAACCACGACAAUCCUGAUUCUCUCGUGGUUGUUGCUGGGGAUUUGAAUUUGUACCUCGAUGAAGAGACUGAGCAGAGGAGAACAGUCAUCCGGAUCAUCUCGCAUGAGGGAUAUAACCCUGAAACUCAUGAAAAUGAUAUUGCAUUAUUGAAAAUUGAUCGUCCUUUCGAUUUAAACGAGUAUGUGUCCGGUGUGACCCUCCCUGAUAAGUUGCAGAGCUUCUCUGGAAACGCUUUCGUGUCCGGAUGGGGAACCUUGAGCUCAGGAGGCUAUCGUCCACUCGUCUUGCAGUACGUAAACGUGCCCAUCGUCAGCGAUGAAGCUUGUAGAAGCGGCUAUGGAGAUUUAGCUUGGAAAAUUAAAGACUACAUGAUCUGCGCUGGUGAAGAAGGCAAAGGCCCUUGUUCGGGAGACGGUGGUGGUCCAAUGAUAUGCGGGGAUUAUCUCUGUGGAAUUACUAAUUGGGGAUAUGGAUGCGGAUUGGCUGGCUACCCGGGAGUUUUCACAGAAGUAUCAUACUUUGUCGACUGGAUUCAAGCCAAUGAAUAAGCCGUUAAUCGAACGUAAAUCAAAAUAAGUCAUGUCCAAAUUCAGCGAAGCAUCCAAAAUUUUUCCUACCAGAUUUUCGCACAAUAAAACUAGCCAAAAUUCUGAAACGUACGUAGAAUAGAACGAGCUUCAGUUCUGAAUCUGAAGUAUGAAAUAAUAUACACCAUGAAACUCAAUCAAAUAUCCCGAUUCUGUUAAAAUAAAAUGCAUAACUCGUUAGCCAAUUCAAAUUAGAAUCACUGAAGAUAAAUCCUAAAUUGAUUUACAUUAGUGACACAUAUCAACCAAAUCAUUUUACAUUACAAAGAAAACAUGCAAGUAAAUAGCUAUGGAAGAUUAUGCACAAUUAUAUAUUGAUGGUGAAUAAAUUUUGUUUUGUAUCUCUUUUUCCUGACCUUUAAAAUUAAGACUUUUGUAGUAACUGUGAAUAUGCUUUUCAAAACAUUCUCCAUUCAACCACUUCAUGUUGCUCCUAUUAUAUUUGAUACAGACUUGUA